CGCGCGGCGCUUUACGGCGGCGCGGGGGCGGUUGCUGCGGCGGGCGCGAGGCCCGGCGGCACCAUGGACGGCGGCGGCAACUCCAAGGGCACGGGCCUUGGCGGCCUCUUCGGCGCCGGCGGCGUGGGGUACUCCCACGCCGACCUGGCUGGAGUCCCACUAACUGGAAUGAGUCCUUUGUCCCCGUAUUUAAACUUGGACCCCAGGUAUCUAGUACAGGACACAGAUGAGUUUAUCUUGCCCACUGGAGCCAAUAAGACUCGAGGCAGAUUUGAGCUGGCCUUUUUUACCAUCGGAGGAUGCUGUAUGACAGGGGCAGCAUUUGGUGCAUUGAAUGGUUUGCGACUUGGCCUGAAGGAGACACAGAAUAUGGCGUGGUCAAAACCUAGAAAUGUACAAAUUCUAAAUAUGGUGACAAGGCAAGGAGCAUUAUGGGCUAACACUCUGGGAUCUCUGGCUCUGCUUUACAGUGCAUUUGGAGUUGUCAUUGAAAAAACACGAGGUGCAGAAGAUGACCUGAACACCAUAGCUGCUGGAACCUUGACAGGAAUGCUGUACAAAAGCACUGGUGGCGUGCGGGCGCUGGCGCGUGGUGGCAUGGCCGGCCUAACACUCACCGGCCUCUACGCUCUCUACAACAACUGGGAGCACAUGAAGGGCUCCCUGGCCCGGCAGUCCCUGUGAGCGGGGCAGCCCCUGGGCACGGGCACCAGCCGCAGCAGCCCCCAGCCCUCUCGGUGCCCACCCUAUUUGAUGUGCAGUGUGGAACCCAAGGAAGCUCUGCCAGGAGGGAGCAACUGCGUGAGUGACGCCGUGUGGUUGGACUGGCCCUUCCCGCCAGCCCCUCGCUGGGGAGGCAGCAAUGAUUGUUGGACCCGAGAAGGAGCAAAGUGGCCACCAAGACAGUCUCCUGGACACGCUCACCAGCCAGCCCUGGGCCAGAGCCACGAGGCACGCUCCAGUCCUAAGGCUGCACCCAGUGCAGAACAGAGCGUGGCCAUCGCGUUGCUUGGUGCAGGCUUUCGGCUGGCACAGGGCAGGCCUCUUCCUCUGAGAGCUCAGGGGAAGCUGCGAAAGGGGACAGUGUCAUCAAUAAAGGGUGGUACUUGCACAA